CUGGCAACCAACUCUGGCAACCCUACCGCUAGCUUAAAACAACAGAGCGCUCCUAUAGAAAGCUAACGGUAGCAUAGCGGAUAUUGGUGUUGGUGGACACUGACUUUACACCAAACAUGGAUCCAUGGGACGGUUGUCCUUCCGUUGUUUCAUAGUCAACAACUGCAUCAAUUUUAUGGAUUCAUACCAGCGCUUACUAGACAACCAUUAGCGUGUUUUUUAUGCUGUGGCUAAGUUAGUUAGCUAGCUAGCUAGCACACAUGCUAGCGCGGAUCACGUGACGUCCGCAGGAGGAAGGAAGGAAGGGAGGACGUUCAUGAGCUGCUUGUGCAAAGCUAGCACACUCUUUGGUGUCCCGAGUUCACGCACUGUGACGCAUUUAGGAAAAAGGAGGACAGGAGGACACGAAGGCAUGGCAUCGGAUGUGAUUGAGAGUGAUGUGGGUUUGAACAAUAGCAGCAUCGCCUUUGGGACUCAGCUGGGAGACAGACAGACGUCUAGUCCCUCAUCUUCUGGAGUGUCUGGAGAUGGUGAUGGUGAUGAUGAUGAAUUAGACCAAUUAGAAAACAGCACUGCUUCCACAGUGGAAAAUUGCGAAGAGGCACUUCAAGAGGGUCUGACCCAGAGGACGACUCCAGACAAUGAGCAGCCGGGAGCAGUGAGCCUCCCCCAGCCAGGCUCUCCUCCUGGGCCCAUUGGAAGCCUGGAGCGCCAAGAGUCAGUCGCCACAACAGAAGCUCGCCUAAGAAUGGAAGGAGUUGAACUGAAGGAAGAGUGGCAGGAUGAGGACUUUCCACGGCCCCUACCGGAGGAAGAGGAGCUUGAAGAUGAGCUUUUCGCAGGAACUUCUGAAGAAAUUGACCCUGGCUAUGCAAAGGACCAUGGCCAGAAGGCAAAGAAGAAGCUUGCAGCUCCUGACAUCAGUCUUACACUUGACCGCAGUGAAGGUUCUCUUCUCUCUGACGAGCUGGAUGAAAGUACAGAGCUGGACCUUGAUGACAUAGACACACCAUCAGACAAUAGCAAUGAGUUUGAAUGGGAAGACGAUCUCCCCAAGCCCAAAACCACAGACCUACUUCAGAAGGGCGUGGAGUCGGUGCAGGAGUACUCCGCCUCGGAGGAGAGGGAGGAGGGUCGACGCUGGAGGGUGUUUCGUAUCGGAGACCAGGAACACAGAGUGGACAUGAAGGCCAUCGAACCUUACAAGAGGGUUAUCAGCCAUGGAGGUUACUAUGGAGACGGUUUGAAUGCCAUAAUUGUGUUCGCUGUGUGCUUUAUGCCUGAAAGCAAUCAACCAAAUUACAAAUACAUCAUGGACAAUUUAUUCAAGUACGUCAUUGGCACGCUGGAGCUUUUGGUUGCUGAGAACUAUAUGAUUGUGUAUUUGAAUGGGGCUACCUCUCGGAAAAAGAUGCCAACUGUUGGCUGGCUCAGAAAGUGUUAUCAGCAGAUUGAUAGGAGGUUACGGAAGAACUUAAAGUCUUUGAUAAUUGUCCAUCCCUCUUGGUUUAUUCGCACCCUGCUGGCACUUACAAAACCUUUCAUAAGCUCCAAAUUUAGUCAGAAAAUCAAGUAUGUGUUCAGCUUGACAGACCUGGCAGAACUGGUUCCAAUGGAGUAUGUGUCCAUACCAGAAUGUAUCAAACAGUUUGACGACGAAAAAAAUAGGAAAAGCCGUAAAAGGUUUUGAAUUUGAUGUGGUUGAUGUUGGGAUCGACCAGGACAUGCACGGCAAAGUGGAGAUCGCAGCUGCUGCUGUUCCAGAGUGACCCUGCUGGAACUGCAAGAUAAAGAGGAGGAGGAGAAUGUUUCCAACAGCUGUGACUCUUUGCAUCAAGGAAGUGCCUCUUUGAAACUGUGCUGCCCGGCACACCGUGGAACUUUUUACAGCUUGAUCGUCAGCGUUUUUCCACAUGCUGUCUGAAAUAUUUUAAAUCUUUUUUUUUUAUUUUUUUUUUUUUUUUUUAUUUACUGCCGAAAUAUCAUGUCAUAAUUAGCUUAUAGGUGUUCCCUAGUUACUGGUGUAUCUACACGUUAUUUAAGGCACUCUGUUACAAGUGGUUGAUGCAUGUUCUGCUUUAUUACAUUGAAAUAUAUAUUUAUAUUCAACAGGUGACAAUGGAGAGAAAUUAAUAUAUUUUUAUGGUUGCUCUGAUUUUUAAACUGCAUUUUAGGUCUCUGACCCGUUGACUGGCAUUUCAUAGAACAAGUUUUGACAGCACCUUUUUUCAAUGUUCACUGCUGAUGUUCUCUAUCAAAAUCUUGCCUGGGGAAAAUAAAGUUUUAUCACUUGAAUGUUCCCUCUGACCUGUGGAGGGAAAACAUUUGUUACAAUCUGAAGUAAAGAUGUAGGACUUAAUUUAACAUUUUCUUCAAGUAAAGACAU